CCAGAGAUAAUUCAGUCCGUCAUUGAAUCACUGUUAGAGUCGGAGCGAAAAGAGAAACAGCGAGAGAGAGAGAGAGAAAAAAGAAGAGAAAUAGAAAGAUAGAAAAGAGAGAGAAAUGGAAAGAUAGAAAAGAGAGAGAAAGUUCAACAGCGUUCACAAGAGAAAGAAAGAAAACAAAGAAAGAUGUAGAAAAGAAGAGAAAGAAGUGUCACAAUUUUAAACUUCAAAAAAAAUUAUUUCCUGGUUUUGUUUCCGUGUUUGUUUGUUUUUUUUUCUCUUUUUUUUUGUCUUGUGUUUGUUUUUCCACGGGGACGAAUAGCCACGAUGAAACUGACUUUAUAUUUCGUGUGUUUUAGAGUCACAGAGGGAUACGGAGGAUAAGUAAUAUUCCUAAAAUCCAGGCCUUUUAGAGUCGCUGGCAAGAUGUCCUACGGUACUGAGAGAAUUCCAUCGGACGCCCUCGGAAUAACCUCGUCGGGAGCUCCAGGCGUUCCUCUUCCCGACGAAUUUGCCGAAAAAGAUCAAAAUUCGAGAAAGAUAGAAGUCAUAGAGAUCAUUCUCGAUGGAGGUCGCUUGCUCGCCGCCGAAUCUGCCAAGAAACCGACGGCGGUGAAGGGCUUCGGGCAAGGACGUGACAGCUACGAAGUGGGGGUCGUAUAUCGUCCCUACAGGACGCGGUUCUGGGUGCUGGCGCUCUUCUCCCUCAUCAGCCUCGUGCAGCUGACUGUGUGGGGCACUUGGGGUCCCAUCGUGGAGUCCGCCCUGUUCGUCUUCCCCGACUGGGGCCCGAACACCGCCGCCUCCUUCAGCAACUGGCCUCCUCUCAUCGGGCUCCUGUUCAUGCUUCCUUUGAGCAGCUUUUUACAGCGUAUAGGUCUGCGUAAAGGGAUCCUUCUCAGCGCCGGUCUGCUGGCGGCGGGGUCGGUCUUACGGUGCUUUCCGGUCGACGAUAUUACGUUCACCGUACUCUGCCAUGUGGGAUCCAUCAUGCUGGGAUUCUCCUGCUGCAUCCUCCUGCCGCAGGUCGGCGCCGUCGUCGCCGCCUGGUUCUCUCCGGACGAAGGGACAACGGCAGUAGCUGUUGCCCUUUUGAUGAAUCAACUUGGAGGAGUAACUAUGUACUUCAGCCCACUCGUGGUGAGGGCGCCGCCGCCGGAGGACGACCUGCCGGAGGACGACCUGCAGGUGGACGUCCUGCAGGAGGAAAUCCGCAAAGACAUCACGAUUCUCAUGUACAUCCAUUUCGGCAUGAGUUUCCUGCUGUUCGUGUGCGUGUUGCUCUACUUCCCCGACGGGCCGCCCUCCCCGCCGUCCCCUUCGUCGGAGGAGGAGAGGGAGGACUUUCGGAAGAGUCUCAAGGACUUUCUCAGGAAUCCUCACCUAAUUCUUAUAGUGGUUGCUUAUGGAGUGUCCUUUGGCGUGGUCGGGAACUGGCUGGGAUUUAUGACUUACUCCUUGCUGGAGAUCGGCAUUCAUCAGGAGGAAGCAAUGGGCGUGGCGAUUUCGUCCGCCCUCAGUGCCAGCGUUGCAGCCUUCGUCGCCGCGAGACUGACCGACAAGAUCUACGGGCACCUCAAGGUCACCAUCAUCGGACUCCUGGCGGCCUCCUUCGCCUUCUUCCUCUGGUUCUUCUUCCUCUCCACCGGGGUCGUCGAGGCAACUUUGGCCCAAGUAUACAUCACGGUGGUCGCGGGCGUGUCUCUCCAGUUCUCUUCGGUCCCCCUCCUGCUGCAGUUGUGCUUCGAGCUGUCCUACCCCAUUCCCGAGGGCGUCAUGGGGGCGAUCGUCACCUCCUUCUUCUCGUUUGUGUCCCUCGCGUUUCUCCUCCUUUUCCUCAUUCCCGAUGUUGGAUACGUGUGGGUGAGCUACGUGCUCGUGUCCAGCGUGUCCCUGAGCAUCGUCCCUGUCGUCUUUGCGAAGGAGGAGCACAAAAGGACGCAGGUGGAUAAACAGGGAGCGACGAGGAAGCAGUGAAGCAAGAACAGAGAAGCAAAAAACGAGGCGAAAGAAUGUGUCAAAUGUACUUUAUUCAUAUUCCGUUGAUUCUGUGUUGUGAGUACAGGAGAAGAAUUAUGUAGACUCGUAUGUUCUCAAACUAUAUUUUUGUGUAUCAGAUAUAUUCACGAAAUAUAUUACAAUUCCUAUUACAUUGUCAUGAACA